UUUGAACCCAUAUCAUCUUGCACCGCCCCACAUUUACAGCAAAAAUUGAAACUUUUUAUUUUAGAAAAAUUGAGAACUGAUCAAAUUACUGGCCGUAGAACUUUUUUAUUCUAUUUCUUCUUAGCCCCAAUAACAUAAUACUCAAUACUCAUGGAGACUUUCUUCAACAAUUCUCUCUCCACUUCCCUCUCUAUAUCCCAAAUUCUAUCUUCCUCCAACUGUCUCUUCAUAUUCCUCCAUGGAAGAUCAGUCACCAACACCACUCAAAACCUACAAAUUAACAGCAUCCUCGAUCUCUUAUAUCAAAUCAAGUUCCUCCAUUGUACCUUCCUUCCUUUACAAAGCUUGCACAUCAACACCUCCAUCUCACAUUCUCCGUGAUGUCUCACUCACUGCCUAUCCAUCUCAAAUCCUCGCCAUUGUUGGUCCAAGUGGAGCAGGAAAAUCCACUCUUCUUGACAUUUUAGCAGCCCGAAUUUCACCCACAAAUGGCACUCUUCUUCUCAAUUCUUCCCCAAUCAACCCUUCCUCAUUCCGCAAGCUUUCCGUUUAUGUCCCUCAACAUGAUGCCUGUAUCCCCUCGCUCACUGUCUCUGAAACUUUCGCCUUCUCAGCACGCCUUCUUGUUCCUAAUCCAUCGCAAAUUGACACCAUUGUCUCUUAUCUUCUCACAGAGCUCAGGUUGACUCACUUGGCCAAUACUCGGCUUGCUCAUGGUUUAUCAGGUGGUGAGCGUAGAAGAGUCUCCAUUGGCCUGAGUCUCCUCCAUAACCCAGCUGUUUUGCUCCUUGAUGAGCCCACUUCAGGGCUGGAUAGUAGCUCGGCUUACAACGUGAUGCAGAUCCUCAAAACCAUCGCUAUUUCACGCCACCGGACUGUGAUUUUAUCCAUACAUCAACCAAGUUUCAAGAUCCUUUCUACAAUUGAUGAAAUUCUCAUGCUGUCAAAAGGGACUGUUGUGCACCAUGGAACACUUUCAUCGCUACAAACUUUAUUGCUCUCCAAUGGCUUUACUGUUCCCCCUCAACUUAACGCCCUUGAAUACACCAUGGAAAUACUAAACCAGCUCCAGGAGAGCCAUAAAUCUAUUACACCGCCAUCUCUCCCUUCAUCACCAACGCAUACUACAAGCAAUUCUGUUUCUUCCGAUCAUGAUGUGAAAAAUAUCAGGCAUAGAAGCUCAAGGAUCCAGGAAAUCUGCACUCUAUAUCACAGAUCUUGGAAGAUCAUUUACAGAACAAGGCAGCUGCUUUUGACUAACACCUUAGAAGCUCUUAUUGUAGGCCUUGUUCUAGGAACAAUCUACAUCAAUAUUGGCUAUGACAAGCAAGGAAUAGAGAAAAGGUUCGGUCUUUUUGCCUUCACUCUUACUUUCCUUCUCUCCUCCACAACUGAGACUCUUCCGAUCUUCAUAAAUGAAAGGGCAAUUCUACUGCGAGAAACUUCAAGUGGGGUUUACCGGCUGUCGAGUUAUCUCAUAGCAAAUUCCCUUGUUUUUUUGCCAUACUUGCUUGCAGUUGCAAUGAUAUACUCCUUCUCGGUCUACUUCUUAGUGGGGCUUUGUGGUUCUUGGCAAGCUUUUGCUUACUUUGUUUUGGUCAUGUGGAUCAUAGUUCUAAUGGCUAAUUCAUUUGUUCUCUUCUUGAGCUCUCUUGCACCAAAUUACAUCGCCGGAACUUCCCUUGUAACAAUACUUCUCGGCGCUUUCUUUCUCUUCUCCGGCUACUUCAUUUCCAAAGACAGUUUGCCAAAGUACUGGCUCUUCAUGCACUUCUUUUCAAUGUAUAAAUAUGCCCUCGACGCCCUCCUCAUCAAUGAGUAUUCUUGCCUGGCGUCAAGGUGUUUCAUUUGGUACGAAGAGAACAGCACGUGCAUGGUGACAGGAAGAGACGUGUUGCAAAAAAGAGGACUCCAUGAAAGGCAGAGAUGGACAAACAUCUAUUUCUUAAUAGGAUUCUUCGUGCUUUAUCGUGUGCUUUGUUUCAUGGUUUUGCUUAAAAGGGUUUCACAAUCAAAGAAGUGAAGCUGUUGAAUCUACAUCUUAAUUUUCUUUCAACAUGUUUUUGAAUCUGUUCCUUCAAAUUUGAAGAUGUUGUUUUGGAUUAUGAGGCUUCAUUGAUCUCUCUAUCAAAUCAAUAAAUUCAAAUUAAUAUGCAA